CCGCUCCGCGCCGGGAGACAUGAGUGCGGCCGCGGCGCCCGAGCGCGGCUGGAAGAGCGAGAAAGUGGACGAGGCGCAGGCCCUGGCGCGGAGCUGCGCCGCCCGCAGACCCGACUUCCAGCCGUGCGACGGGCUGUCCAUCUGUGCCACGCACAGCCACGGCAAGUGCUUCAAGCUGCACUGGUGCUGUCACCUGGGAUGGUGUCACUGCAAAUACGUUUAUCAGCCCAUGACCCCCGUGGAGCAGCUCCCAAGCACAGAGAUCCCUGCGAGGCCGCGAGAACCCACCAACACCAUUCAGAUCUCCGUCUCGCUCACUGAACACUUUUUGAAGUUUGCAUCUGUCUUCCAGCCUCCGCUUCCCCCCGAGUCGCCAAGGUACUGUAUGAUUUCCGAUCUCUUCAUCGACAACUAUCAGGUUAAAUGUAUCAACGGGAAGAUGUGCUAUGUGCAGAAGCAGCAGGCGCCUCAUUCCCAGAAGACGAGCCCCGAGGAGGUCUCUGCACACGAUGCCUUAAUUUCUAAAGAGAGCGACACUCCGAAACUGGGCCACUGCUCCUCCCCUUCCAGUUCCGAGGACUCGGGGAUCAAUGCCAUUGGGGCUCACUAUGUGGAAUCCUGUGAUGAGGACACAGAAGAAGGGGCGGAACUGAGUUCCGAGGAAGAUUACAGCCCCGAGAGCAGCUGGGAACCCGACGAGUGCACCCUUCUUUCCCCGUCGCAGUCUGAUCUGGAAGUGAUUGAAACCAUGGAAACCACUGUGUAGUCAGCUGGGACCCGCGGCCAGGAUCCACCCUGAGCCUCUGUACUUUGAUUUGAUGCGUCCUUUUCCAAUACUCUUGGCAUUUUCCAAGCCCUGUUACCACCCAUAGCAGCCCAGGGGUCUGCUAACUAGUGUUACCCUUAAAGUUAUCUUGUAACUAU